CCCGCAGGUGCCUGAGCUGGAGAACGCCACGGUCCGCAUGGAGCAGCCCGAGCGUGUGAUGGGGCUGAUCCGGUCCAUCAAGGAGCAGGGGACGAGGAAGCUGCAGGUCAUUUCUGACUUCGACAUGACGCUGAGCAGGUUUGGGUGCAACGGCAGACGCUGCCCCACUUCGCACAACAUCCUCGAUAACAGUCACGUUAUCAGUGAGGACGGCAAGAAGAAGCUCAAAGAUCUGCUGCACUAUUACUAUCCCAUUGAAAUCGAUCCCAACCGGACCCUGGAAGAGAAACGUCCCCUCAUGGUGGAGUGGUGGACCAGGGCCCACGAGCUGCUGUCGCAGCAGAAGAUCCAGAGGGGUGACAUAGCCCAGAUUGUGAGAGAAUCGGACGUGAUGCCGAGGGAUGGAUUCACUGAGUUAUUUGAUCAGCUGCAUAAGUACAACAUCCCCCUGUUCAUCUUCUCUGCUGGUGUCGGUGACAUCCUUGAAGAGAUUAUCCGUCAGGCCAACGUCUUCUACUCAAACGUCAACGUGGUGUCCAACUACAUGGACUUCGACGAUAAUGGAGUCCUCACGCGUUUCAAGGGACCUCUCAUCCACACCUACAACAAGAACAACAGCGUCCUGCAGGGUACGGAGUACUUCCAGCAGCUGAGCACUAGGACGAGCGUCAUCUUGCUGGGGGACUCCAUGGGUGACCUGACGAUGGCAGAUGGCGUUCCCAGUGUGGAGAACAUCCUCAAGAUUGGCUUUCUCAACGACAAGGUGGAAGAGCAGAGGGGGAAGUACCUGGAUGCUUAUGACAUCGUGCUGGAGCGCGAUGAGACGCUGGAUGUGGUGAAUGGGAUUCUCCGGUACAUCCUUACGGAGACAUGAGCUGGGAAGGCGCCGUCCCAGCUCCGGCCCCUCAGCAAGGCACCUGGGCAGCCAACGUCCUUGCCUCGACAAAGCUGGAGUGGAUCUUCUGGUACCUGCUGGGCUCCAUCCUGACGCUGGGCAGGCUCCCUGCCCUGGCU